AUGGUACGAGAGCUGGAGGCAGUGUUCAAGGGCAAGCGCUACUCGUUUGCAGAGCAUUGGGACCAGGUUAUCAUCGGCUAUCGAGAAUGCGAGCGAGCACUGUUCAAGUUCUCGCCCAAGAAUCAACACACCAUCGAGCGGCUUACCGACGCCAUUGGUUCCGAGGUGAAGCUCUUCCCUCACGUGCACGUUCUCGACAUCCACGAGCUGACACCGCGAGGAACGCAGGACGGCGAGAUGAAACCGCACGUCGACAGCGUCAAGUUCUCCGGCGGGGUGGUGGCUGGUCUGAGCCUGCUCUCGCCCUGCGUCUUCGAGCUCCACCACGAGAAGAGCCCGGCGCGGGUCCACCUCCUGCUCGAGCCCGGCACCUUCUACAUCAUGCAGGGCGACGCGCGGUACGAGUGGGCGCACGGGAUACGGAAGGGUGCAGUGAGCUUCAAGGGGAGGGACAUCACCCGCACGCGUCGGCUAUCGGUGAUGCUGCGCGACUUCAAGGAGGACGACAUUCUCCAGGACCAUCACAUGGCCACCACGCACAACGCACCACCAACGCCACCACGACAGUACUAG